AUGGAAGUAUCUCAAUUUACAAUGGGAGAUAAAGAGACUAUCAACCAACUUUCCACCGAAGUGGAAAAACAAAAGUUUAGGAGAAGUGAAGAAAAAAGACAUUACGAAAAGGAGAUAGGACAUAUGAGAGCACAAAUUCAACAUCUAGAACAAAUUAAUCAACAGGGAGCUGGAACGAGUCAAGAUGGCAGAUCUGACGCUAGAAUUCAAGCUUCCAUAGCAACAGCACUUUGCUCGAUUGGGGAUGUACUCCAUAAAUUGCACGAGACUAAUACGCUUGAAAAAUCUGUACCAGCCGAAGUUCAUCAAAUUUUUGCUGAUCCAAAAGGUGUUAUUAGGGAAUUUCAUGGUAUGGAGGGCCCCGAGAAGGCGCAAGCAUGGCUGACUGAACUAGAAACAUCUAAAUCAAUUCAUGACUGGAGCGACGCCAUAGCUUUAAGCAUUGCAAAAUCUCAGAUGAAAUCGGCAGCACAAAAAUGGCUCUUAUCGAAAUCUUCAACUCUGAACGAUUAUUAUAUUUUUAGAACGUCAUUCAAAUCGACGUUUUUUUAUAGUAGAAGCCCUGUCGAAAAACUUAAAUCAAUGAUGGCUCGUAUACAAGGGUACAAAGAGAGUAUACAAGAAUAUAUCAUGGACAAAAUAUGGCUGUGUUCUGGACUCAGCUUAACAGUAGCGGAAAUUGAUGCCGGGUUAUGGUCGAGAAAUAUGGCUGAUCACAUCCUGGGGCAAAUAUUCGACAGCACGGACCAGAUUCUACCCGAAAUUCUAAGAUACGAGAGGAUGGAGAAUAGUCGACGAUCGAGAAUCAACGAGAGGAAGGGGAACGAGAAAGAACGGAUUCAGAAGACAUCGAGCAAUCACGCAGCAGGGAAAGAGGGGAAAAGCGACUCAAAGGAAGAAGGAACGUCAGGAGAGGGAAACGAGGUAUCAAAAUCUAGCUGGAUGAACAAGGUAAGGAAAUGCUAUCGUUGUGGUUCAACGAAACAUUUAGCUAAUGUAUGUACUGGUCCGCGGUCUGUGGUUAUUAACGAAAAUCUUCAAAUGACAAGAGAAAAGUCAAAAUUGGGAGGGUUCGGUAACAGUGAAGUUUGGUCACCGGGGACUGUCACUGAAACGGUAAUUCUCGACGGUUUAAAUCCUAAAGUAAUUACUUUUAAAGUUGUUCCGGAUACCGCACAGCUCUAUGAUGGCAUUUUAGGUCGAUCAUACACAGAGGCCUUGGACAUUGCAUAUGAACGCGUAGGCGAAAAUAAAGUUCACAUCAAAGCUGGACAAAAGAUUGGGGGGAGUUUAUACAUGGUUGAGGAAAAAUUCCGAGAACCAGCGAAACGUGUUAAAAAUAUUGAUCUAUCAGAAAUCAAAACUGAUCCAGAUAUCACCUCAGAUCAAAAACAACAAUUAAUUAACAUAUUAAAUAAAUACAAAGAUUGUAUAGCAGAUAACAUUUUUAAACUAGGGUGUAUUGACGUUUUGAAAAUGAACAUAGAAUUAAAAGAAGGUAGUGAACCGUUUCAAAUUAAACCCUAUCGAUUAAACCCGGAAGAUACAAAAGACUUAGAUAAAAUUGUAACUGAAUGGAAAGAGGCGGGAAUUGCUACCGAAACUAAAUCCGAAUUUGCGAGCCUAGUAUUCCUGAAGAGGAAGAAAGAUGGAACUCCGCGUCCCAUUCCUGAUUACCAUAUGGCAUCUGGGUAUUUGCACAUACCGCUAGAGGAAAACGCAAAAGAAAAAACGGCGUUUAUCACUGAAACCCAAACCGGUCAAUUUGAAAGAGCCAUAUUUGGCUUAAAGAAUGCACCAAUUCACUUCGCAAAAUUGAUAGAUAAAGUUUUAGGGAUCGCUAGAAAGAAAGGAAUAGCAUUUACAUUUUUUGACGAUACUACUUGUAUAUACGCGAAAACAUGGGACGAACUAAUGAUUAAUUUAGAAUUUUGUCUUAAUUUACUAAAAGAAGCUAAACUUACCUUAAAUUUAAAAAAGUGUCAAUUCGGGAUGAGAAAAGUAGAAUAUUUAGGAUACGUUUUAGGAGAAAGGAUGAUGGAAAUAUUCCCUAGACCAUCUUUUCCAGAAAUGGCUUUGUAUUCGUUGCAACAGUUGGUAACGACUCAAGCGAUUUUCUGGGAUAUUUGGUGGUUCUGA